UAGGGCUCCUCUACAAGAUGGCCCAGCGAAGGCCAGUCUAGGGACGCAGCUAUGCGUUGAAAUGAGAUUGCAAUAUCACUUGCUCCCUCUAACGCUUAAAAUGCGUCCCUAGGAUUGGCCUACGCUGGGCCAUCGUGUAGAGGAGCCAUUUGACCAUGUUCUUUAUUAUAACAUAAUAAUCAUAUUAUUAAGAUAGCUGUUAAAUUUAAAAGUUAAGUUCAGUUUCCUACAGCUAUUUUUACAACAAUUCUGUAUAUUAAUUAUUCUACUCCAUAUAUAUUUAAAUCAUUAUAUGCAUUGGUUUCACGUCGUAAUAUUAAACUUUAUAUAUAUAACAUUACAUUAUUUUAGUUUACGUUUUCCUGAUACUUUUCCAAAAUUCCGUCCUACCCGAUUUAAUGUAAUCCUUUAAUUUCGUUUGAUUCCGUUUUCCCGUUUACUCGUCUGGCUGAAUGCGCCAAGAGCGAGACGCCAUUAAAAAAAAGAUAAAUGUCAGUGUCAUAUCGCUUUGUUUUGUUUGUACGGGUCGGGAAGGACGUUGUUUUUUGGGGUUCCUUAUUUUCUUGCAAAUAAAAUAAUGCAUAUUUAAUUUUAUUGAUACUUAUUGUCUACUUGUAACUCACUCGAGAAAAGGUGCAAGGGGCUGCCUAUUCUCUAAUAAUAUAAAUAGCGUUGUAAGUUCGUCUUGUUGUGGUAUUAUUUGAGUCCGUUGGAGUAUUCUUGCGGCCCGCACGGUUGCCGUGAUGGACGUGAUGCAUGCGUGUCGUUGCUGCCUGCGGUGUGCUCCGGACAAGGACCUGACGACGCUGUACAUACAUCUCGGCAAAACGGAGAUAUAUUCCGACAUGAUCAAAGAGAGCUUCGAUAUACAUUUGGUGCUAGGCGGCCCGGGCUCGUGCGGCAUUUGCUCGGUGUGCGUGGGCCGCCUGCGAGACGCGAGCGACUUCAAGCUGCAAGUGCAGCGCAGCCAGGCGGAGCUGCAGGCGCGCACGCAGGGAGCGAGAGGUGUUAAAGAGGAAGAAUCUGCAGUCGAGCCAGAGAAUCCUGAAAUUCAGGAGGAAGAUGUGACCAGUGAGCCUGUAUCAGGUGAAGAGCCCCCGGUCAAACCCGAGAUGCUGGAUGAAGAUGAAACACCUGAUGAGAUGUUGCAUGAAGAGUUCAUAAUCAAGCCAGAAACGGCGGACGAAGAGGAGACAAGUGAUGAGAUGUCGCUGGAGGAGCGGGCAGUCAAGUCGGAGGUGUCGGCCGCGGCGAGUGACGAGGAGCGCGUGUCGGUGUGUUCGGACGGCAGCGCCGCCCGCGCCAGGGAACAGCUCGCGACGGCUUGUUCCGUGGUGCUCGAGCGCCUCCGCGGCGACGCCACUGCGAACAGCGGAGGCAAACCAUACAGCUGCGAACACUGCGGCGAACGUUUUAUAAAUAAGUCUAUUUUAAGGAAUCACUUACAAUAUACCCACUUAUCGUCAGGACCCAAGAGCUAUGCUUGUGAUUCUUGUAGUUUUACGUUUCAAACCAAAUUGCUUGUAAUAGAACACGAGAAAAGCGAACACGGUGUCACAAAUUUCAUGUGUGCUGAAUGUGAGUAUACAACAAGUUCUAAGAAAAGUUUUGAGACUCAUUUAAAGUGUCACUCUUUGGAGAAUAAGUUUAAUUCAAGUCACUGUAGUUACACAAGUUCGUGUAAAAGUGAUUUACACAAACACCAAACAAUACACUUUGCUGGAAAACCUUUUGAGUGUAGCGACUGUGAUUUCAAAUGCAGUGUAGAAUCAAACCUGCGACGUCACCAGAAGACGCACAACCGGAGGCACCAGAAAAUACUCACUGGAAAACAGCCUUACAAAUGUAGUCAUUGCGACUACAAGUGCAGUGCUAGUUCUAUGUUACGAAGGCACGAAAGGACACAUACUGGCGAGAAGCCUUUUACGUGCAGCUACUGUGAUAACAAAUUCAGUCAGAGAUCAACCUUACAUACACACCAAAGGAUUCACACCGGAGAAAAGCCGUACACUUGUAGUCAUUGCGACUACAAGUGCAGUCGGAGUUCAAACUUACGAUAUCAUGAAAUGACACAUACUGGCGAGAAGCCUUUUCAGUGUAGCCACUGUGAUUACAAAUGCAGACUGAAGUCACACUUACAAGAACACCUGAUGAUACAUACUGGGGCGAAGCCAUUUCAGUGUAGCCACUGUGAUUACAAAUGCAAACGGAAGUCACAUUUACAAAGCCACCUGAUGAUACAUACUGGGGCGAAGCCAUUUCAGUGUAGCCACUGUGAUUACAAAUGCAGUCAAAAGUCAGACUUACAAAGACACCUGACGAUACAUAUUGGGGUGAAGCUAUUCAAAUGUAGCAAUUGCGUAUAUAAGACCAAUCGGAAAGGAGACUUGGUAAAACAUCAGAUGAUACAUACUGACUGCCUUUUAUUUGUACCCAAUGCAAAUACAUAAGUGGAUAUAAAUAUGAUUUACAAAGACAUCUUAGAACGAAGCAUUCCGUUGAAAAACCCAGAAAUAGUUCGUACAGAACAUGUGUCGGGUGUGGGCUAUGUGGUGUAUGUGUCGUGGCUCCCUUGCACGAUGUGUUCCCGGUGUCGUGCCGGCGUGUGUCGUGCAGGACGAGCGAGUGGCGUGUGUAGUGGCGAGAGGCUGCUUCAGGUUGCGUCUCCACCAGAGAUGUGCGAGGAUGCGUAGCGAGGGAUAUGUUUUAGGGUUCCGUAGUCAAAUGGCAAAAAACGGAACCCUUAUGGAUUCGUCUGUCUGUCUGUCCGUCCGUGUCACAGCCACUUUAUUCCGAAACUAUUAGAACUAUACUGUUAAAACUUGGUAAGUAGAUGUAUUCUGUGAACCGCAUUAAGAUUUUCACACAAAAAUAGAAAAAAAAACAGUAAAUUUUUUGGGGUUCCCUAUACUUAAAUUUUUUUUUCAUCAAACCCAUACGUGUGGGGUAUCUAUGGAUAUGUCUUCAAAAAAUGAUAUUGAGGUUUCUAAUAUCAUUUUUUUUCUUUGUCAAUUUAUUUGUCUUGGCAAGUUUUGAUUCUUGAAUAAAUUAACUGACUACUGGGUAGAUUAUUCCUCAACUAAAGAUGCAUGGUUACAUUAGUUGGGCAGGUUAGGUAUGAUAAAAUUUGCGAAUUGCGAUAAGUGCCAAAGUUUAGACUACGAAUAUUCGCUUAAGGUCGCUUGUACUGAAUAAACAGAAUGACCCUUAACUUAAAAUUUACGUAACGUUGCUUUGUACCUACAGUCCUACAAAAAGCAUUAGCCGCACAGUAAAAAUAACAUACGUUUUGAUUUCGUUUUCUUUAAAUUUGAGUUAUGUUUAGCUAUAAGUUCACGAAGCCUAUCGAGGGGAGUACAGUAAUAAUAUUAUUUCCUUCGCAUUUGGAUACCUACCGUUCCUCAUUUACUGUAAAUACGUUUAGCCGGGUAUUUACAGAAACUGUAACUAAAGCGGAUGAAAUAGAUUUUUUCGAGUAAUAAAAAAUAUUCGGAAACUAAGCGGUCGAAUAUUCGAAAUUCCUCGCACAUCUGGUGGAAACACAGCCUUACUCAACUACUUAAGAUAUAUGAAAAACUAUAACCUGUUUGCGGAUAAUGUGUCAACACUCAAUACAUACGGACUUUUUGUUA